AUGAAAGAAUUUGAUCAAUUAUUAAAUAUUGAAAAUGACACCUACGAAUCAUCAAAAGAAAAGGGCAUCAAUGACGGUAAAAGAUUAGGAUAUGUAGAGGGUUAUCAAUUGGGAUUCGACAAGGGCACCGAGUUGGGACAAGAGAUUGGAUACUAUCAAUCAUGUGUUACAGUAUGGAACCAUUUGGUUUCAAACUUCAAUGGAACACAUAAAUUUUCAACAAGGGGUAUUCAAAAUUUAGAAAAAUUAACCAAAUUAUUACAAGAUUAUCAUUUAGAUUUUAAUGACGAAAAUAUUAUGAGUACAUUAAGUGAUAUUAGAAUGAAAUUUAAACUUACCUCUGCCCAAUUAGGUUUGCAAACUAAGGAGAAUGACGAGCUAUCCUUCUAA